AUGGUGCCGGAUAUGAUUAUGAACCCCCAUGGUUACCCUUCGCGAAUGACAGUGGGAAAGCUGAUGGAGCUUUUGAGUAGCAAAAAUGCUGUUUUGAGCGGGCGUUAUCAUUACGGGACUGCUUUCGGAGGCGACCAGAAACUGAAGCAUAUGGUGCAUGACAAAAUGCACGCGAGGGCAAGAGGACCAAGGUGAAA